UUAUUUUUAUCCGCUGCUUACCAUGGAGGAAGAAACUUUAAAUAUUCGAACACCAAUCACCUUCGAUGAGUCUAUAGCGCACUGCGAAACGCAUGCACACCAGCCUUACGCAUCGUCAACGUUCAACAACAGUGAUAAAAUACGAAUCUCCGUCCAACAUCAAGACUUGUGUUUACUACCGAUAUUAAGAAACCGUUGUAGACCGUUACUACCGAGUAGAAGUUCGUUGCAUGUAUACGGAAAGCUCGUGAAGGAAGAUGGUUCUACGGCGGUUACAAAUACAACCUUGGUUAAUAACGGCAUUUGUCAUCUUUUCGAUGAGAUUCGUUAUGAAAUGAAUGGUAUAGAAAUCGAUCGAAAUAAGAACGUUGGUCUCACGAGUCUCAUGAAGGGCUACCUUUCCUAAUAAAAAUAAGAAUGCCAGUCACUUUGACCAUUGCAAUGUCAGAGACGUUAAACUCUUCUUGAAUUCGCAAUGCUACCCCUAUGGAAAUCUAAACCUUGACAUUGAUCGAAAUCAGUUUGCUCUGCUGUACGAGAUGUAUGUAAACUUUCAAGCU